AUGUAUGCACAAUUAGUAAUGUAAAUUAAACACAGACUACAUUAAGAAUAUUCUCCAUCAUCAGCAGAGCGCAAUUAUGACGUGAGCAGUGCAAGUGUCUGAACAUUCUUUAGUAGAAUUCUCUGUUGGGAGUUUUGGCGAUUUGUGCGGUUGGUGGUUUUAUGCGUUUAGCGAGUUUUUACAAUGAUCUUUUCGGCUAUUUUUGGUUUUUGACUUGUUUUUGGACUUUGACUAUCGGCUUUGGAUUCGCUUCGUAUUUUGACAAUCGGUUUUUGACUCCCUUCUGUUUUUGACGCUCGAUUUUGACUCUGUUUGGACUCCCGGUUUUGACCCUUUUCUGUUUUUGACCCACGGCUUCGGACUCUCCUCGGAUUGGUUGAUAGCUCUGCUGAUGAAAAAAAAACCCGAUCCUUUCACGGAAAUGGGAGCGAUUGGUGUUUUAUCAGUGUGUGUGGAAACACCAAGAGCCGUGUUCAGUGUGCCCCUCAUCAGACUGAGGAAGAGCGGACAGAUGAGGCAGGGUCUUCCUCUGGUGCUCACACACAUAGUGGAGUUUGUGGAGAAGCAUGGUCUCAGUGAGAUUGGCCUGUUCAGAACCUGUGGUUCAGUGAAACGCUGCAAGGAACUGAGGAAAAGUUUUGAUGAAGGAGGCUUUCCAGAGUUUGACCCUUGGGAUAUUCUUUCUUUGGCCUCCUUAUUGAAAGCUUUCCUCAGGGAAUUGCCUGGAGGACUUAUUCCAGAGCCACACAGAACACAGCUGCUGAAGGUGUUCAAGGAUUCACAAAAGGAAGAACUGAAUCAGGCUGUGAGGACCGUGCUGAACAGUCUUCCAGAGGAACAUUUUAAUGUCCUCUGCUACCUAAUGUUCUUCCUGUCCCGUGUUGCUGCUGAGAGUCAUCUAAAUCUUAUGACAUCUGAAAACUUGUCAGUAGUUUUUGGACCCAGCAUUUUUCAUUUUCCUUUGGGCCCCACCAUGGUUGAAGAACAGGGGCAGUGUAAUGCUUUGAUUGAGCACCUGCUGGACAACCUGAUCCACCUGCUGCCAAACAUGUACCCUCAUGCAUCCACCAGCAACACAGCAGAGGAAAUGGACUGGACUAAUGAAGAGUGUGUCCAACAAAUGCCACUCAAAGAAAUAAGAUUAAAGGUUCCCAAAAUUGGACGACUUGGGCGAUUGAGAAAACGAUUAAGAGGUUUUUGGAGAAAAUUGUGCUCAUGCACUUACAGUGACACAGAGAGUGGAAAAAGCCUCUAGAGACCCAGAUAUAAGAGAGUAAAGGACACUAUAGCUUGUGAGGGUCACCACAAAACACUGAGGGUCACUGGAAGACAGUGGGGUCAGUGAGGGUCACCGGAAGACAGUGUGGUCGGUUUGGGCCAACAGAAGAGACUGGGGGUGGUGAGGGUCACUGGAAGACAGUGGGGUCGGUGAGGGUCACCGGAAAACACUGAGGUCGGUGAGGGUCACCAGAAGACAGUGGUGUUGGUGAGGAUUAUGAGAAGAGACUGCGGCCAGUGAGGGCCACCAGAAGAAAGUGUGGCCGGAUUUGGCCAACAGAAGACACUGGGUCAGUGAGGGUCACCGCAAUACAGUAGGGUUGGUGAGGGUCACUAGAAGACACUGGGGCUCAAUUAAGGUUACUACAAAACACUGGGGCCAGUCACUGCAAGAUAAUGAGGCUUGUGAGGGUCACUGGAAGACAAUGGAACUAAUGAGGGUCACCCAGAAGGCAAUGGGGCAGUGAGGGUUACCACAAGACAAGAGCAUUGGUGAAAGCCUCGUAAAACCCUGGGGUUGGUGAGGGUCACUGCAAGACACUGGGGCUGGUGAGGGUCACCACAAGAUAUUGGGGCCAAGUAAGGGUCACUGUAAAACAAUGGGGCAGGCAAGAGUCACUGCAAAACACAGGUGUUGGUCAGGGUCACUGCAAGAAAUUAGGGCCAAUUAAGGAUCACCGCAAAACAGUAGGGCUGGCAAGGGUUAAAGCAAAACACGGGCUGGUGCGGGUCACCAAAAGACAUUAGAGCCAAAAAAGGAUCACUGCAAAACAGUGGGGCCGGCAAGGGUCACUGCAAAACACUGGAAACACUGAGGCAGUUGAAGGUCACCUGGAUGACACUUGGUCCAGUGAGGAUUACCACAAGAUAAUUGGGCCAAGCUAGGGUCACUGCAAGACACUUGUGCUGGUGAGGGUCACCGC